GCUACCGUGCGAGUCCCGCCUCACAGCAAAAACACCCUCAGUCUAGUCCGAGGCACUUGAGUUUGUGUUCUCUCUGUGCGGUUUUUCUUUGGAUGUGGCCAAUCACCGAAGAAAGGAGCGAAGUGAACAAACUGCAACACUCAAAGGCAUUUUGAACUGUUUGCUUUGCCACCAGCAAUAUAUUUUCGUCGACCGUUCCCCGUCAGCCUAACGUUAGCAUGAUGUCUUAUCUGAAGCAGCCGCCGUACACGGUCAACGGGCUGAGCUUAUCUACCUCCGGGAUGGACCUGCUGCACCCUUCCGUGGGCUACCCAGCGACUCCGAGGAAGCAGAGGCGGGAGAGGACUACUUUCACGCGCGCCCAACUGGAUGUUCUAGAGAACCUCUUCGCCAAGACUCGCUACCCAGACAUCUUUAUGCGAGAGGAGGUGGCUCUGAAAAUAAACUUACCAGAGUCUCGUGUACAGGUGUGGUUUAAAAACCGAAGGGCCAAGUGUCGCCAACAACAGCAACAAACUCAGAGUGGUGCCCAGAGCAAAGUUCGGCCCGUGAAGAAGAAGAGUUCUCCGGUGAGGGAGGUGAGCUCCGAAAGCGGGGCCAGUGGCCAGUUCACGCCGCCUUCAAGCACCUCCGUGCCGGCUAUCUCUAGCAGCACCGCCCCGGCGUCCAUUUGGAGCCCAGCGUCCAUCUCUCCGCUCUCUGACCCGCUCUCUACCUCCUCGUCUGCCUCCUGCAUGCAGCGAUCUUACCCCAUCACUUACACCCAGGCGUCUGGCUACAGUCAGAGCUAUACCGGCUCCACGUCUUACUUCGGAGGGAUGGACUGUGGUUCGUACUUGUCGCCUAUGCACCACCAGUUAACCGGUCCGAGCACAGGCUUGAGUCCCAUGGGCACGAAUGCAGUCACCAAUCACCUGAGCCCCCCCGCCUCCCUCUCUGCUCAGAGCUACGGAACCACGGGCCUGGGCUUCAGCGCUCCGACGGACUGCCUGGAUUACAAGGACCAAAGUGCUUCGUGGAAGCUCAACUUCAACGCAGACUGUUUGGAUUACAAAGAUCAGACAUCUUCGUGGAAAUUCCAGGUGUUGUGAAUGGCGCCGUGGAACACCGUCUGUUCGGGAAUUACACGCCACAGUCAUUUUAGAGACACACGAGGCCGUUAGCGAGGCCUGGAACGGUUUGGCCACGGGACUCACUGGCUUGUUCCUCCGAUAUAUGUUGUGCCUGCAUUUGCAAUUAAGAGAGAACUGUUCCCGAUGCAGAGGUCAUAA